GGAGCCUGGGAGCCAGCCCCGAGGGGACGGACACAGACGCUCAGCCGGGGAGCGAUGCCUUCAGCUCGGAGCCGGGCCGUCUCCGCGCCCGGGGUGCUGCUCCUGGCUCUGAUGCUGCACUGCAACUUCGGGCGCUGCGGAGCAGGAAUUGAGUACGGCGAUGUACUUCCAGAUUCCUUCCCAUCAGCCCCUGCAGAGACCCUCCCCCAUUUCCUACUGGAGCCACAAGAUGCAUACAUUGUAAAGAACAAACCUGUGGAGCUGAUCUGCAGAGCCAACCCAGCCACUCAGAUUUACUUCAAGUGCAAUGGCGAGUGGGUCAAUCAGAAUGACCAUCUCACUAAGGAGAGCCUGGAUGAGGUGACUGGGAUGCUGGUGCGGGAGGUCCAGAUCGAGGUCUCCCGGCAGCAGGUGGAGGAGCUCUUUGGUUUAGAAGAUUACUGGUGUCAGUGUGUGGCAUGGAGCUCUGCUGGGACCACAAAAAGCCGAAGGGCCUAUGUCCGGAUAGCGUACCUGAGGAAGAACUUUGACCAGGAGCCUCUAGGGAAAGAGGUUCCACUGGAACAUGAGGUGUUACUGCAGUGCCGCCCCCCGGAGGGGGUGCCAACAGCAGAGGUGGAGUGGCUGAGGAACGAGGAUGUUAUUGACACUACCCGAGACACCAACUUCCUGAUAACCAUAGAUCAUAACCUCAUAAUCAAGCAGGCCAGGCUUUCAGACACCGCCAACUAUACCUGCGUGGCCAAGAAUAUUGUGGCUAAGCGCCGGAGCACCACAGCCACUGUCAUCGUCUAUGUGAAUGGUGGCUGGUCCACCUGGUCAGAAUGGUCUCAAUGCAACAACCGCUGUGGCCGUGGCUGGCAGAAGCGCACCCGGACCUGCACCAACCCAGCACCUCUCAAUGGCGGCUCCUCCUGUGAGGGGCAACCCUUCCAAAAAAUCGCCUGUACCACGAUGUGCCCAGUAGAUGGAGCCUGGACAGAGUGGAGCAAGUGGUCAGCCUGCAGCACGGAGUGCACCCACUGGAGGAGCCGGGAAUGCACUGCCCCAUCCCCGAAAAACGGAGGCAAGGACUGCAGCGGAGUGUUGCUGGACUCCAAAAACUGCACCGAUGGACUGUGCAUGCAAAAUAAAAGAGUUCUAACCGAACCCAAAAGUCACUUGUUGGAAACCACGGGGGAUGUGGCCCUGUAUGCCGGCCUGGUUGUGGCCAUCUUUGUUUUCAUCGUCAUCCUGAUGGCCAUCGGAGUGGUUGUGUACCGGCGCAGCUGCCGGGAUUUUGACACUGACAUCACAGAUUCCUCUGCUGCCCUGACUGGAGGCUUUCACCCAGUCAACUUCAAGACCUCCAGGCACGACAAUCCCCAGUUGUUGCACCCUUCCAUGCAGCCUGACCUAACAGCCAAUGCCGGUGUAUAUCGUGGCCCGAUGUAUGCCCUGCAGGACUCCUCUGACAAGAUCCCAAUGACCAACUCCCCCCUGCUUGACCCACUCCCAAACCUAAAGAUCAAAGUGUACAACUCCUCCACAGCAUCCUCCUCCCCCAGGCUGAAUGACGGGGCUGACCUGCUUGGGGCAGUGCCCACGGGCACCUACCCAGGGGACAUUGCCAGGGACAAUCACUUUAUGAACAUAAGGAACAAGGCCAUGGGCUCUCAGCAUCUCCUCACCCUGCCCCGGGAGCAUGGGAACAGUGCCACUGGCACAUUUGGCUGCUUGGGAGGAAGGCUCACUAUCCCAGAUACAGGAGUGAGUCUGCUGGUGCCUCAUGGAGCAAUCCCACAGGGGAAGUUCUACGAAAUGUACCUGAUCAUCAACAAGGCAGAAAACACACUCUUACCUUCAGAAGGCACGCAGACAGUAUUGAGUCCCAUGGUGACCUGCGGACCCACUGGGUUGCUCUUGUGUCGUCCAGUCAUUCUCACCAUCCCCCAUUGUGCGGACAUCAACUCCUCAGACUGGAUUUUCCAGCUGAAAACACAAUCCCACCAAGGAAACUGGGAGGAAGUUGUGACCCUGGAUGAGGAGACCCUGAACACUCCCUGCUACUGCCAGCUUGAGCCUAAGUCUUGCCAUGUUUUACUAGACCAGCUUGGCACCUAUGUUUUUGUGGGAGAGUCCUACUCCAGGUCAGCCAUCAAGAGACUCCAGCUGGCUAUCUUUGCACCUACCGUCUGCACCUCAUUAGAAUACAGCCUCAAAGUGUACUGCUUGGAGGACACACCAGACGCAUUGAAGGAAGUGCUUGAACUGGAAAAGACUCUGGGUGGCUACCUGAUAGAGGAACCCAAGCCACUACUCUUUAAAGACAGUUAUCACAACCUACGCCUCUCCAUCCAUGAUAUCCCCCACUCGCUGUGGAAGAGCAAGCUGCUGGCUAAAUACCAGGAAAUCCCCUUUUAUCACAUCUGGAGUGGCAGCCAGAGGGCUCUGCACUGCACCUUCACCCUGGAGAGAUACAGCCUGGCUUCCACAGAGCUCACCUGCAAGAUCUGCGUCCGGCAGGUGGAAGGGGAAGGGCAGAUAUUCCAGCUGCACACUACACUCGGAGAGAAUGCCAGCUCCUUUGAUGCCUUCUGCUUGCACCAUGGCAGUGCUGUGACUACCCAGCUGGGACCCUAUGCCUUCAAGAUCCCGCUAUCCAUCCGGCAGAAAAUCUGCAACAGCCUUGAUGCCCCCAAUUCAAGAGGAAAUGACUGGAGACUUCUUGCUCAGAAACUUUCCAUGGAUCGGUAUCUGAACUACUUUGCCACCAAAGCCAGCCCAACAGGGGUGAUCCUGGACUUAUGGGAAGCCCAGCACCAAGAUGAUGGUGAUCUCAAUACCCUGGCUAGUGCCUUGGAAGAGAUGGGCAAGAGCGAGAUGCUGGUUGUCAUGGCAACAGAGGGGGACUGCUGAUGUUACUUUCAAGUAGCUGGUAGUCUUUAGGCAAUGGAUGAGAAGGACAGAGUGGAGGGAGGAGAGAAGGAGGAGGAAGAAAAUAGAGAACAGCCUUUCCUGAACUGGUAGGGAAGGGUUGUGGGGACGGGGCCAAUUUCUACUUUGUGUCUGGUGGGUUGCUGAUCUGUAGCUAACAAUGAGGGGUAAAGGCAAACUCCUUCUCCCACUCCUCCCUCACCAAGUCACUCUCCGCCUUAGAGAUCCAACCACACCGUUUACAAGCAAUCCAAGUGUUAAACAGGCUCUCUCCUCCUCCUGGCCAUCCUCCGGAGUGUGGCGCAAGAGCAGUGCAUCUUUGGUGACCGUGAUGACAGCCAUUGGUGGAAGUGGGCAGCUGCUUCCGCCAUAGCAUGCAGGAAUAUAGGGCUUCUAGAGUCUGGGUUGAGGUUUAUUUUUGUUUCAUUUUGGGGGGGUUUUCUUCUCCCCCCCCCCCACCUUUGUUCUUCUUCUUUAAUGGCAUUUAUGCUUAGAAGACUCGAGUACAAUCUAGCCAAACUGCUUACUUCUGUCAAAUGCUUCAGACAGCUUAUUAAGGGGAAAAAAAGGAAAAAAACCACAGUUUCUUAGGAAACGCAAAUAAUUUAUUAUCCAGAUCUUUGGAUGAGUCCUUUUUAAAAAAACAAAAACAUUAAGUCUUUUGUGUGUGAGCAAGAGCAUCAGUCCGCUUUGCGUGAGAGUGAGAAUGAGAGAGAGAGAGAGAGAUUUAAAGUAAAACACUUGCGAGAAUUAGUAAUGAAAACACACACAAAAAGUCAAGAACAACUUGUUUCCAUAUCUCUGGACCCUUGCUGAAGUCAGAUUGGUUAAGUGCCUAGAGACCCAUGUGGCACAGAAAGGGCAAGCUGAGCCCUCUCCCUUAUGGCUGCAGCACAAUGCAAAGAGGCCACUUAAGCAACCAGCUCACAGAAGAACAAACCCAUUUCUGGAAACAAGUUUAAAGGGACAUUGUCGCUCUUUUCAUAGUUUUCUUCAAAUGGCAACUAAAGUCCUCAGCGUUGUUACAGAAGCUGAAACCUCACACAGCCUUCUGUCCCCUCCUUUCAGGGAUCGUUCCUUCCCAAUCCCAUCUCAUCUCUGUUUGAAUCAGAGAGAAGAAUGUGGCUUCAGAGCAUUAGCUUCUUUUUGUGUGCACCAGUGUCAUCAUUUCAAUGGAAUGAUAAUGUACAAAGGACACUUUCAGCUGCAUAUCAGGGGAAAGUGUAUUCGUCGUUGGAGUGUGGAAGUCUCUCCCAGAAGAAGCAGUAGACACCCUCAAAUGUGAGCUGUUUAAAACUAAACUGCAGGGAAUACUCCUGCACUGGCAGGAAAUUGAACAAGAUGAGCAUUACUGGUAAUGGGCCUUUUCCUAGUUCCUAAGCAAUCAGUACAGCUCUGGGAGUUUCCUUUGUUAGAAAACUCACUAAACGCCCAGCACAGCCAGCAAGGGGAGGACAAGAGGCUACAGUAGCGGUUUGUUUGUUUGGUUUUUCUUCUCUUAUGUGGGUUGUUUAGGAGGGAAGGUUAGUGCUUUAACACAGUGGUGAAUUCAUCAAAAACUAGUUGGCAUCUAUGGGACAGCCUCCAUCAGAUUAUUACAAUUCUGGGGUGGGUCAGAUUUUGGAGCCCAAAGUAUUUAAGAUCUGUAUUUUUAGGAGGAAAUUCUUUUGGGACAUUUGGGAAAGAAAGAAAGAAACUUGUUAGGAUAAAUAGACCUUCAUAUCAACAAUGUAAAUACACACACUCACUGAUACAGUCGUGCACUAACACACAGCAACAUGCCACCAUCCAUAAGCCAAGACUGUAAAAAAUGGGAGCCUACAGUUAGACUCCUAAAUCUAUAUUUUGGCACUUUAAACAAGUGGUUCCCACUGGGAGGAGUGUUGA